AUGGCAGCGAAUUCGAAUUCCCAAUACGUGAAUCUGGAUAGAAUAUGGACGAUUCUAAAGGGAGGCAUCACACAGAUUUACAAGCAAGAGCUAACAACGCAGCAGUACAUGGAUUUAUGGUCAUUGGUUUACAACUACUGCACCACAGAACAGAAGAACAGUAAAAAGUACUUCAACCUGUCUUCAGGCAGAGUCAAAGUUGGACGCUCCGAAAUUAUUGGUGGAGAACUCUACGAACGCUUAGAGAACUUCUUAGCAAAUUAUUUAACUGAUUUGUUAAAGAGCGGAUCGAAUUUGAACAACGAAGAGUUUUGGACAUUUUACACCACAAAAUGGGUUGAAUACCGAUUCUUGAGCCGUGUACUGACCGGUGUGUUCGGCUACAUCAAUCGUACAUGGGUUCGUCGUGAAUGCGAGGAGGGUAACGAAGAUGUCUACGAAGUGUUUCAAUUGGCACUGGUCACAUGGCGCGAACAUUUGUUCAAGCACCUCAACAAACAAGUUGAGCCAUACUUAAACUGA